UAUAGACUUUCGUCAUUUCAGCGGCGUGUACCAUCUUCGAAGAAUACUCCGCCAUCAAUCGCGCAAUAUUUCGGACAAAUUCCCUGCUCACCAGGUGGUCCUGGUCUCCCUUGCGGUCCAGGUGCACCAGGAUUUCCAGGCUGUCCAGGUGGUCCUGGUGGUCCUGGUUCUCCGGGUACGAUUCCUCCUGAUGCAGCGUCUUCACCAGGAAGACCUGGGUUUCCUGGUGCUCCAGGAUUACCUGAAGGGCCGGGAAGAUGGUCCAGAGCCGGUCGCGAGACACGGACGGCAGGGGGAAGGUGUGAUUGGCGCGCACCGGUGGGCUGUGCCGCGGGCGUCAGGUGCCACCAGAGAAUUCCCGGAACUUCCGGUUUACCUGGCUCGACCAGUCUCCUGAUGUCCCGCGGCCAGCAUACC